UUGUUAGAGUGAGAAGCACAUGUCCUCUUCUGCUUAUGGUGGUAUAUGCCUACUACCUCUUCCUGGCUUAUCUCCAUGACGCCAAGCGGAGGAACAGACAAACUCCUGAUCAGUACGAUGCCUUCGUUUCCUACAACACCCAUGAUGAAUCCUGGGUCGUGAGGGAGCUGCUGCCAGAGUUGGAGGGAGAGCAGGGCUGGAAGUUGUGUCUUCACCACCGGGACUUCCAGCCAGGUAAACCCAUCAUAGAGAACAUCACAGACGCCAUCUACAGGAGCAGGAAAACCAUCUGUGUGAUCACCCACCGAUAUCUGGAGAGCGAGUGGUGCUCCAGAGAGAUCCAGGUGGCCAGCUUCCGUCUUUUUGAUGAGCAGAAGGAUGUGCUGAUCCUGGUGUUUCUCGAAGAGAUCCCAGACCACCAGCUCUCACCCUACCACCGCAUGAGGAGGCUGGUGAAGAGACGCACCUACCUGAGCUGGCCAAGAGCUGGGGAGGACACAAGGGUCUUCUGGCAGAAACUCCAGGUGGCUUUGAGGACCAGGGACUGGCCUGCUGAGGAGAACCCCAUCCUCACCGGUGUGGAGAGGCAGUGACAUAGACUACUGUCAUGCUCUGAUUUAUAUUCUAUUUUUGGUUUUAACUUUUAACUUUAAUUUUAUAUGUUACAUGAUUGAAUAACAUUAACCAAUGCUAAUUCUUAAUCAAUCCAAGGUUGUAAUAGGCCUACAGUUGCUUAGUUACUUGUGUUGAUGACUAUCUCUAUGAACCUAGCUGGUGUUGCUCAUUCUGAUACUUACCUCUUAACUUUUCACAUUGUGUGUGUUGUUCUGUAUUCAUAGAUAAUGUUGCACUGUUGGAGCUAGAAAACACAAGUAUUUCGCUGCACCUGCGAAGACAUCUGAAAAUCUGUGUACGUGACUAAUAAACUUUAAUUUGGUAAUUGUCUUUGGAAUGAACAGCUCGUCUAAUAUGUAGCAUUUUCAUUAUUACAUUCAAUUCACUUUGUGCAAUAUGUAUUCUACCUUGUCAAGUGAAGCAAGUUGAAUAAAGAACACUUGUUAUAUUUUGGA